AGACCUUAUCUUAUUGUUAUAAAAAUUGUGGAUCCAGAAAUCGAAACAGCUGCGUGUGUCAAUAAGAUAUGUCAAGUCCGGCGAAGAAUGUACUAUGCAUUUUCAAAAGCGGCAAGAAUAAAAUUUCCUUUUGAUUCAAGUGGAUUUUCUAAGGUAGAGAUGAGUCUUAUAAUUUUGGUGUUAUUUUGAUAAAUCAAUGAUUAGAUAGCAAUAUCAACUCACUUAUACCUGUUUAAACCAAUCAGUGAUAUCAUCUUUCGUGAAAUAUUGACUGUCAUUUCUUAUUCAGUAGUGCAACUCGUAAAAACGUCAUUUGCUUUGUAUUAAUGUUUUAAAGGAAAUAAGAUCUGUAUUUCCGUUAAAAUUGUCAAGAUAUUGCUGAAUUUCAUGCAUGUAAUCAUUUCUUGUUUACUAGUGCAAUCUCUGAAAGCGUCAUUCGCUUUAAACUAAUAUUUUAAAGACUGUAUUUCCGUUAAUGUUGUCGAAAUAUUAGUUGUUGCAUUUUAUAUUGCUUCAAAACUUCAUUUGAACUGAGUUCAUCACCAUGUGGAAUGAAUCUGACGUCAUAGCUCAUGAGCUAUGUAGCGUCGAAAGCGAGAACCAGGAGAAUUCGGAAAGGGAACCUGCAGCGACGGAUUCGAUGUUCGUUAUGGGAAAGUCGGCAAUCGAUGAACUCAGACGUGAUGGGUUCACAUUCACUUGGCGGAUUGAAAACUUCAGCUCGUUUGGUAGAAAAACUGGCGAAUACAUCCAAAGCCCUACUUUUUUAGUAGAAAAGCUAGACAAAACUGAAUGGUAUUUGCGUUUGUACCCUAGAGGUGAUGUUGAUCAUAAUUAUACAGCUUGUUACCUUUACAGAAAAAAGAAUGACGAGGGACCAUCAAAAAUUGUCAUAGGCUAUAAAAUAUCUUUUAUAACUGUAGAUGGAACACCUAACUUAUCAGGCCAGGUUGAAAAGCUUACAUUUGCUAAGAACAAAGGUUUUGGCAAUACUAAAUUUAUAAAACGAGACGAAAUUUUAAAGAAGAAAAAGGCUUUCCUCCCCAAAGACACCUUAACUGUUCGAUGCCAUAUGUGGAAAUGCUUUUUUGAGAAAUCAGUUGCAAAAGAAUGUUUUGCUUCAACUAGGAUAGAUGUCGAGCGAUGCUACUUAACAUGGUCUGUGAAAAAUUUUAGCGCCUGCGAAUCGGGGGUAAAGCAAGAGGUUCCUUUUGUGCCUGCGUCAACCAAAGUACCGCCUUUAGACAUUAAAUGGUUUAUAAAUAAGGAAGAUGGUACAAUCAAUAUUGAGAUUAUACUCCGCGGAAAAAAAGUUUCAGUGACAACGUACGUAAUCUGUAACAUAUCUAUCCUCGAUUCCAAAAGCAAUAGUCAAGUUUUAGUUCAAAAUGAUCAUUUUUUCGAACCUUACAAAGAUGAACAGGUUUGGAGCUUGCCACCGUUGAUUGAAAAAGAGGAAUUGCUUUUAAACCGAGAUCAGUACUUGUCAGAUGAUUCUUUAUCUUUGACUUGCGAAUUGGCAAUAUCACUUGGCGAAGAAUCGUCCACAAUCGAAGAGUCAAAUUUCAAACCUUUCCCAGAAAACGAUUCCAAACAGAAUAAGAAUAUGGCAAACACAUUAAAAAGUGAUUUGUUGUCCCUUUACACAAACAAGAAAUAUUGUGAUGUAACUCUUCAAAGUUCAAGUAAAUCCUUCCCUGCCCAUAAAGCAAUUUUGUCUGCCAGAUCCUUAGUAUUGUCUACUAUGAUAGAAGAUGAAAAAGGUGAUGAAACUAGACAUAUUCUAAAUAUACCUGAUAUAGAUGAGAACACUUUAAAUGAUAUGUUGAUAUACAUGUAUUCUGAGAAAUUAGAUCAUUUGAAUUUAGAAAGUGCUAUAAAAUUGUAUUGUGCUGCUGAUAGGUACCAAGUACUCUCUUUGAAAGCCAUCUGUACCGAUUUUUUGAAAUCUAUUUUAACUCCAUCAAGUGUUUGUCUCUUACUAGCACUUGCGGAUGAACACAAAGACAACGAUAUGAAAAAGUAUAUUCAAGAUUAUAUAUGUAAUAAUGCAAGUGAAAUUUUUCAUUCGAAACUAUGGAAGGAAUUCAUGGAUAAGAAAGCAACUUUAGCAGGUGAAAUUAUGCAUGGCGUCUUGAAAAAGAAUUGAAAAUCAUCUUAUCUGGAAGAAGGGAUAAUCUAUCUAGAUUAGGGUUAUUAAUUCAAGACUCCAGUUAGAAUUUCUUUGGUCGCACUUGAGCACACCCUGUCAUUUCAAACAUUCUUCUGUGAAAUGAGGAAUGAAGAAAAGUCAUCAAAAAUCUGACUUCAGCUACCAAGUCAUCAAAAGUCACGAACGAUAAUUAUAUAGGGAUUAUUUCAUCUUCCAGUUUAAAUUCAAGAAGGACGAAUUGAUUGGCGAAAACUUUUUAAAAAUUCUUUUGGCCAUCAUUAACAAUCAGUUUUUUUUUUCCUUCGUGAAUUUAGUUUUGAGCGAUUCUUUGAAACUUAAAUCUUAAUUAACGAGCUGGCAAUUGAGUUAAAGAUAAUAUGACAUUACUAAGUUUUCUUGUGCAUUUCGAAAUAAAAAAUUAUAUUUUUUGAUGAAUAAAAUAAUGACGUUACGCUUAGAAAAUCAAAAAAGCUCUUUAUAUUAUUCUUCAUUAAAUGCAAGAAUACUGUUUUUUGUAUGUAUUAUACAUUUAUUAGAAUUAGAUUGUGUAGUAAAAAAGAAUUGUUCUCAAAAAUACAGAAUUAAUUUAUUUUUUACAAUUUUCGAUACGUGACAUUUAAUAUAC